AUGUCCACCCCUCCAGUCCUACAUGUCGGCAUCCUAGGCGCCACCACCGCCACCGAAUCAAUCUACACCUCAAUCCUAUCCUCCCUCCCAAACCACUACACCCUCACCAUCAUCCACACAACCUCCAACACUCUCGAACAAAAUACCCAAAAGCACGCAGACCACAUCCCACAAACAACAACAAACCCAGACGAAGUCAUCAACCACCCAGCCGUAACCCUAAUAAUCAACCUCCUCCCCUUCGACCACCAUGAACAAUACACCCUGGCCGCCCUGGAAUCAGGCAAACACGUCAUGGUCGAAGUCCCCCUAAGCCUAAGCAUCCACGGUCUCCGUCGAGUCCGCGACGCGCGGAAAAAAGGCGCCGCAAGAUCCUCGCCAGACAAUACAGUCGCAAACGCAAACAACGCCACUACAGGUCCAAAAGUCUUCGUAGGCUGUGCCCGCCGCUACGCACCCUGUUUCACAGAAAUCUUCAAAAAAGAACUCUCAUCUCUAGGACGAGUCUAUUACGCCCGUUGCCGGAAUAUCACCGGCCCCUCCACAACACCCGUGCCACCAAACACUCCAGGAACCGGAUACAUCAACGGCAAUGCCGCUCUCCCAUCUUCACUCGCCCCAUCUACCUCCUCAACAGCCCGCCCAGCACGCAUCCACGCCCUCCUCGCCGACAUCUUCGGCUCAAACGAGGACCUCACGCGCGACCGCGAAGCCUUCUGCCUCUUCCUGGGUACGCUCGGCGGCCACGAUCUGUCGCUGAUCCGCGAGAGUCUGGGCUUUCCGGACGCGGUGUCGAAUAUCUCUAUUAUCGAGCCGUUUUACUCGGCCAUGUUCCAUUACACGGAUGAUAGUCGUGGUGUGCCGGAGCCGUUUACGUUGGUGUAUGAGGCCGGUGUUGAUGGUGUGCCCAGGUGGGAUGCGCAUUUGACGGUGUACGGGGAGAGGAAGAGUGUUAGUGUUUUGUAUGAUUUUUCGGGUGUGGGUGUGGGCGGGGAGGGUGUUGCUGUUAGGGUUGUUGUUGAGGAGGCUGUUUAUGAUUCUGGGGAUGGGAAGGUUGGGAAUGGUCAUGUUAAUGGCUACGGCAAUGGCAAUGGCAAUGGCAAUGGUGUUGUGAAUGGACAUGCACAGACUCGUCCGCGACUGAAGCGCACCGAGUACGUGAGUACCGCUAGGGAAACUUAUGAGCAGGAGUUCCUGGCUAUGCAUGCGUAUCUGGUCGGUGAUGCUGGGGACUCGAAUGUCGAGGCGAAGACUACCGCGGAAGAUGCCCUAGAUGAUUUGAAGCUCAUGCGUAUGAUCUUUGAUCAUUAUGAUCGACAGUGUGGGACGAUCCGGACGCCGUUGGGUUGA